GGUGCUCAACUGCUGCGAGGAGCUGCCCAGGUCUGGUCCGCUUGCUCCACUUGGGGUGACACCUUGAAUUACAGUGAGGUGGACUGUUAGGCGAAAAAGGGCCACGACUACUUUGCGGAUACAUCUUUAGGACAGUGUCGGGAAGGUGCAGGGAGGAAUCUCUUUAAAAUCCAACGGAGCGAUGGACUGAGCGUCUGGAGAGCAGCACUCCGAGCGGAAGAAUUCAAACACCCGGCGAAGUGUUGAGAGCGCUGCAGAACACAAGGCUGUGCUCGAGAUGUCAGUGCCGGUAUUCUGUAAAAUAUUUGACUGUCUCCAGGCCCCAGCGUUGGAGAAUGUGCUCGCCAAGGCCCUCUAUGACAAUGUGGCAGAGUCUCCUGAUGAACUUUCCUUCCGCAAGGGGGAUAUCAUGACAGUCCUGGAGAGGGACACUCAGGGUCUGGAUGGCUGGUGGCUGUGCUCUUUGCACGGCCGUCAAGGUAUCGUGCCAGGAAAUCGUCUCAAGAUCAUUGUUGGAAUGUAUGACAAGAAGCAACCUAACAUGGGUGGCAGCCCUCAGUCCGCAGCUCUGGCACAACCACCAUUGACUCCCCCAGUGUACCCCAAGCAAAGUGUCUACAAUAUGCCUUCCCCUUCAUCCCAGUACACUGCAAUGCAUCCGGCUUUCCCGAACCAAGGAGACAACAUCUACAUGAUGCCACCAUCUCACAGCAAAGUCCAGCAGAACCUCUAUCAGAUUCCCGUCAGUGUUCAGCACCAGUACCAGCCAAGCCAGGGAAACCCGCCACUUCCCCUACAAAAGCAAGCUGGAGGGCAGACAUACCAGAGCCAGCCCCAUGAUGUUUAUCAGGUUCCUCCAUCCUCUAAGAGCUCCCCACAGGACAUUUAUCAAGUACCGCCGUCCGUGGCUGGCCCCGGACAGGAAAUAUAUCAAGUCCCACCAUCUAUGAAUCCAAAUCAAGAAGUGUAUCAGAUUCCACCAUCUCUAGACAAGAGGAUCCGGGACUUGCCCAAACUGCCAGGAAAGGUGGUGGUGCCAACUCGGAAGGGCCAGAUUUAUGUGUAUGACACUCCCAAGACAGAACAAGAUGAAUAUGAUGUGCCUCGCCAUCUUACCCCUUCACAGGAGAUCUAUGACGUGCCUCCCAACAGGGGAGGACCUACAAUCCCAUACGGUCAAGAGGUUUAUGACACCCCACCGAUGGCAGUCAAGGGACCAUUGAACCAAGAUGUAUACGAUGUCCCUCCAGUCAUUGAAAAAGGCUUGCAGAACCAGAUGCACCCUGCACACAUGGUGUACGAUAUCCCUCCAUCUGUCAGCAGAGAUCUACCAGAUGGCCCUCUCAGAGAAGAGACCUAUGAUGUGCCUCCCACUCUGAUGAAACUGAGAAAGAGCCCCGAGAACAAACAUUAUGUUUCCCAAGUUCUUCCCAUAUCCACUGCUGGACUAGAGCAGCAUUGUCCAGAGGAUGUUUAUGAUGUGCCCCCACCCGCUUCAAAGGCCCAAGAGAUAUAUGACAUCCCAGCUACUCUGAGAAAGACGACCAACCCACAGUCUUUGCAAGACGUUUAUGACAUCCCACGAGAGCACCAAGGUAUGGCAAUGGGAAUCAAGCAGGAUUUAAGUGAGGACUCCAGUGAUAAUGUAUAUGAUGUCCCACCUCAAGUGGUAAGGGACGCCACUGCAACAGAUGAGCUGAGCAUCAGCUUUAAAAGGCUAUCGGUAUCCAGCACAGGCAGCACCAGAAGCAACUUGUCCACUUCUUCUCUGGAUGUUAUUCCUGUGAAAGAAUCUUCUAUCAUCAAAACCCCAGCGAAGGAACUGAACUUGGACUUGGACGUUGCAAUGGAGAUGCUAGUCAAACUGCAAUAUAGUGUGGAGAGCUCAGUUUCCUACCUCAUGUCAUUUAUUAGCAGUAGCUGGAGGACACCAGAACAGAUGGAAACCAGCCUGCAAAACAUAAAGACGGCAGUGGAGAAGGUCAAAAAUUCUGUGAAGGACCUCCUUGAGUUUGCCCGUGGAGCUGUGAAUAAUGCUGGCCAAGCCAGUGAUCGCACAUUGCAAGCAAAGUUGGGUAAACAAGUACAGAAAAUGGAUGAGAGUUAUCAGGGGUUGCUAAAGUACAGUCAGGCCUUGGACAACUCCAACUGGGCUCUUAGUACAUCGACGUCGGGCAAGCCUUCUGCAGGGGAUGACCUAGAUCGCUUUGUGAUGUGCUCCCGAGGUAUUCCAGAUGACACCAAACAGCUGGCUUCCUUUCUUCAUGGCAAUGCCUCUUUGCUAUUUAAACGGACAAAGCAGCAGGCAACUCAUGGGGAUUCCAGGCUUACAAUCUCACUGGAAACCAUGAGUCAAGUUACUAACAACAACAACAUCUCAGCCUACCAAACCGGGCUGCCUGAAAAGGCCAACAUCCAAUCAAGACCUUUGCCCUCACCACCCAAGUUUAUGAAUGAGGACUCUCCAGACAGCCAGUAUGAGAAUACAGAAAGUGGCUGGAUGGAGGAUUACGACUAUGUCCAUUUGCAGGGCAAAGAAGAGUUCGAAAAGAAUCAGAAGCAGCUUCUGGAAAAGGGAAACAUCAUGAAGCAGAACAAGUCUCUUUUGGAGCAGCAGCAGCUGAAGCAGUUUGAGCGUCUGGAGCAGGAGGUGAGCCGGCCAAUUGACAACGACAUGUCCAACUGGACGCCUCCCACACACUAUGCUCAGGUGCGGAGCAGGCUGACUCCCAGUGACCGGCAGCUGCUUCUCUUUUACGCUGAGCAGUGUGAAGCCAACAUCACCACACUGACCAACGCCAUUGAUGCUUUCUACUCCUCCAUCAACAACAACCAGCCCCCAAAGAUUUUUGUGGCCCAUAGCAAGUUUGUCAUCCUUAGUGCUCACAAGCUGGUAUUCAUUGGAGACACGCUGUCCCGGCAAGCGAAGGCCCCUGAAAUCCGUAACAAGGUCACACAGCACAGCAAUCUCCUCUGUGAAAUGCUAAAGGAAAUUGUGGUGACUACUAAGACUGCUGCUCUGCAGUACCCAUCAGCCACUGCAGCCAAAGACAUGAUGGACCGAGUGAGGGACCUUGCAAACUCCACGCAACAGUUCAAAAUGGUGCUGAGCCAGUUGGCUGCCAUGUGAUUAGAAACAGAGGCACUAAUUGUGUUUUUAUUAAAAAAGACAAUCGCUUCGGACUGGGAAAGGCGCCAAGUUGUAAAUGAAUCUUAUAUAUAUUUAAAUCUAGGGAAGCAAAAGAAAAACUACGGUAUACAUGAAUUUCAGGAAAAAGUGUAGUUUUUAGACUGUAUUGAUUAUUACAAUAAUAAUUAUUAUCAGGAAGUAAUCAAAGGGUGUUUAAAUUCAAACACGUGUAUGUAGAUCUCCUCUUAUUGUUUUCUUCUUGGAUGAAAAGUAAGGUUUUUAAAAAAACUUUCCUGUAAUAUGAUAUAAAAAAUGAAAAGCAAGUGAUUUUCCUUUAUUGCUUUAUUUUUUUCGUCCUCCAAGAGGAGCUUGUUAUGCAGUUGGGGGAGCAAAGCUUUUGAUGGGUAUCAGACAGCUGGGGAUUCCUAAGAUUGCCGAGCCAUGGGAGUUGGGCCAUUAAUUUGCGCCGUGUCCUAAUUACCACCAUCUAAUGAGCUUGCCACAGCCCUCCCUAGUGGGAGGGUGAUUUCUUUAUAGAUUUACAAAUAGAUUGUCAUUUUAGAAAGACCUCCAUGGUAAGACGUCAGCUGUCUAACCCUGCGUCUUGUCCUCCAUUGUGCAGACCAUCUCGGUGUCACACGCCUUUCAGAGAUUCAUAGUUGGCCUCACUGGCGUUCUUUACAGAUAUUUAACAAAAAAAACGGCUGAAAUUUUGGAUGUCUCCAACAAUUUUAGAAUGCAACUGUUUUCAUUCAGGGACACCGAAUAAAAUGGCUGCUCCUCCAAGCUGUACUUGGCCAGAAUGCCACAGGGUGGUUAGAAUCUGAGGCCUGACGGUAGACCUUGUGCGUUUCAGUUGGACUAAAUGAUUUUGGAAAGACCUGAAGGCCUGUGACCCAUAUUCUUAUCCCAUAGUGUCUGGCCCUUUCAUCCAAUUUCUUUCCAUAAAUUGGGACUUCCAGGGUUAGAGUGGACAGUUGGGUCAUAAAGAUUGUCCAAGCUGUUCUGGUCAUCUCUCCAGGUAAGUAAGCCUUUUUGCCUUUUACACAAAGAAUAAAGAAAGCAAUUAAAAAGUGGCCUAAUUAAAGUAGCGCAUGGGCUCACAGGUUUCUCUGAGAAAUGCUCUGUGGGCCCAGUGGCCUGUUCUCAUUACCAGUUUUAGUACACCACAUACACAUUGAUUCAUUUUCUGGGUCAUCAGACGCUAAAUAGGACCCAGCCAUAGACAGAAUGCCAGUCCAGCACAGGGUACUCCGUUCACACAUCCACACUGCGCACAUUUCGCUGACAUCUUUGUUGAAAUAUUACCAAAGUCUGAGCGUCAAAAGGUUAAAUGGUUCAGUCGGAGACAACAGAGUGUGUUAGAGAUGAAGGUGGAAUUGGCAGUUUUGUGUCUAGCACACCAUUGUCUUAACUAUCAGGGAGCCCCACUGCCGGUCAAAGAAAUAAAACAA